AAUUCAUACAGGAGAGAAGCCUUAUUCAUGUCAGGAGUGUGGAAAGGCAUUUGCUCAAUCCUCAGUCCUUAAGACACACAUGAAUGUUCAUACAGGAGAGAAGCCUUAUUCAUGUCAGGAGUGUGGAAAGGCAUUUGCUCAAUCCUCAAGCCUUUUUGAACACAUGAAAAUUCAUACAGGAGAGAAGCCUUAUUCAUGUCAGGAGUGUGGAAAGGCAUUUGCUCGAUCCUCAAGUCUUUCUGUUCAUAUGAAAAUUCAUACAGGAGAGAAGCCUUAUUCAUGUCAGGAGUGUGGAAAGGCAUUUGCUCUAUCCUCAGACCUUAACAAACACAUGAAAGUUCAUACAGGAGAGAAGCCUUAUUCAUGUCAGGAGUGUGGAAAGGCAUUUGCUCGAUCCUCAAGCCUUUCUGUUCACAUGAAAAUUCAUACAGGAGAGAAGCCUUAUUCAUGUCAUGAGUGUGGAAAGGCAUUUGCGCUGUCCUCAGUCCUUAACACGCACAUGAAAAUUCAUACAGGAGAGAAGCCUUAUUCAUGUCAAGAGUGUGGAAAGGCAUUUGCUAUAUUCUCAAAUCUUAACAAACACAUGAAAAUUCAUACAGGAGAAAAGCCUUAUUCAUGUAAGGAAUGUGGCAAGGCAUUUGCUCAAUCCUCAGACCUUAACACACACAUGAAAAUUCAUACAGGAGAGAAGCCUUAUUCAUGUCAGGAGUGUGGAAAGGCAUUUGCUCAAUUCUCAUAUCUUAACAAACACAUGAAAAUUCAUACCGGAGAAAAGCCUUAUUCAUGUCAGGAGUGUGGAAAGGCAUUUGCUCACUCCUCAGCCCUUAACGUACACAAGAAAAUUCAUACAGGAUACAUGAAUAUUCAUGGAGAGAAGCCUUAUUUGGAUUGUAGCAAAGCCUUCAAUAAAUCUGAAGACAUUAAAAUUUAUAUAGGAGAUAAGCCAUAUUCAUAUCAGGAAUGUGGGGAGGCAUUUAAUCAUGCCUCAUAA